AUGCUACUCGACGAUGGAUGUUAUGCGAACCUCUACACAAACUUGACCAAGGCUUUCAAGUUGAGGAUCGUGGGCUUCACAGCUCCCUACCAGUACGACAUCUACGACUACACCGAUGCAUGCCACACACAGUUUAGUCCAAAAAGGACUCUGACUUCUGGCAAGUGCGAGCGGUUCGUCGGAGGUUACUUCGCCAUGAUGACAAAUCGGCUGCGAUCCUCCACAUGCGUGGGUGCCAGCUGCUCACGGUUGGCAGUAACAAAGCAAAGGUUCUACUCGGAGACCAAUUGCAUGGGAUUGCCCUACGAGGUCUACACCUAUCCGGUACAGAACGAGUGCAUGCGCUGGAGCAAUGGUACACAGACCUUCAAAGUGGAUCCCACCACGACCAACGUCACGCAGACUGACUACCUUGUCAAUGACAAGUGCGGGGGGGACCUGAUCCAGGUCUACACCAUGACGGUUGGCUACUGCUACGAGUUGUAUCCGGACAGAGCGCCCCGCAGCUUCAAAUGGGAGGUGGAGAGAUACGAUGCCACCACCAUUUCUGAUGCAUGGAGGCCAGCAAGCUUAGGCUUCACGCAAGCGCUAGGCCUGGCUGCCCCGAUAGCCCUGCUUGGCACUUCUCGGGAGCUCUGA